AUGUCACCAGCACCAUCAGUCCUUGUUAUCGGCGGAGUUGGCUUUAUCGGUCGUCAUGUGGUAACUUAUUUGGUCGAGAAUAGUUUGGCGUCGGAAAUAAGAGUGGUUGAUAAGGUGUUGCCACAUACUGCAUUCUUCAACAAGCGACAGAGAGAUGCUUUUGAAAAAGUAGAAUACAUACAGAAGAAUAUGGCUGAUCAAGCUUCGAUAGAACUCGCAUACACAAGAGAGGAUGGAAGUUCUUUUGAUUUCGUGUUCAACGUUGCAGCCGAAACUAAAUAUUCCAUGAACGAACGGUUUUACGAAGAACGUAUCUUCCUUCUUUCAACCCGAAAUGCAAAGGAAGCAGCGAAACGUAAGGUGAAAUGCUUUGUUGAAGUUUCUACUGCGGAAAUGUAUCAAUCGGAUAAGAAGCCUAGUAAGGAGGACGCAAAAAUCAAGCCAUGGACUACUAUUGCUGCAUACAAGUAUCGAGCUGAAGAAGAGCUUAAAAAGAUCCCUGGUUUAAACCUUGUGAUUAUGAGACCUUCCAUGGUUUAUGGUGAGGGAGCUACAGGUGGAUUAGCAUCACGUCUGGUCUGUGGUCGUAUUUACAAACACCUAGACGAAGAAAUGAAAUGUUUGUGGUCCAAAGAUUUAAAAAUUAAUACGGUACAUGUCUUGGAUGUGGCUCGUGCUAUUUGGCAUGUGGCCGUAUGGUAUCGUGAUAAUGAUAAGACUGGAAAAGGACCUUUUGUAUAUAAUUUAUCGGAUUCUGGAAGUACAGUCAAUCCUGACGGUGCUACCGACGAAGUCAACGACAAACACGUAGGCCCGUGGGCAGAACUUAUCAACAAAUCCGGAAUAAAAGUGACACCGCUUACUCCGUACGUUGACCAAGAACUUUUGUCUAAUAAUGCGCUGUCGAUUGAUGGAACAAAGAUUGUCGCGGAGACUGGGUUCACGUAUCAAGUUCCUGAAGUUACCGUUGAAAAAUUGCAGGAGAUAAUCGAUGACUUCAAGUUGAAUAAUUUGUGGCCGAAAGAUUCGAUAUGA